AGACACGAACUACUCAGCUGGCGCACAUGCUACUCCACGGCGGAGGCGGAGGCAGCGAUGGUGGUGCCGCCGCAGCCGUGGCGAUGGCGAGGAUGCUGGUGAGGUGUUUCUCGAGGAAGCGGGGCCAGGACGUGCGGCGGAUAAACCCUAAGGUGCUGAGGGAGGAGGCGUCGGAGAUCCCUAAGGGACUAUACCAGAUCCGUCAAGGAUCACGGGCCUCUCACUGUCGCCAACACCUGGAACUUCGCCAAUGUAGUAAAAAAUGGCGACUUGGCUACUACUCUUCUCUUCCCUUCUCUUCUCCUCUUCAGUGGCGUUGCAAGAUGCUGAAGCUGUCAUGUACCCACAUUGGCUCUUCCAAAAAGUUCGUUUGUUCGACUCUUCCUGAAGAUCCGAAGGCUGCUCAGCCGACGACUCCUUUGCCGGUGACUGAGACCGUGAAAAUUUCCGUACAGGGUAAGAAGGAGAGGAGGCCGAAACCGUCCCCACCCAAAAAAGGAGUUUUGCCCUGCAAAGUGUCGGAAACUCGUCACCUAUAUAUCAGAAUUUGCACAAUGAAGGAGAAGGAAAAAACUCCAUUUGAUCCAUUAAAAAGAAGAAGUAUAGAAUACAAGAGUUCAUCCUUGUUUGCUCCAAUUGAAUGGCGGAUUAUCACGUAUCUCUUGUUCCUUGAUGAAGCUCAGCUAGUCUUUGAACCCUCAGAGGCGGCGGCCAACGGGUGAUCCACAACUUGAGAUCUCUUCUCCUCUUCUUUGCUCUCUUUUGCUACUUCAUUUGUUGGUGCAUCCUCCUUGUCCUCGGGCUUUUCCGGCACCACUGCUGAUGACUCGGGCUUCAACUCUUCUUCACCGGUCGUCGUGGCUGGGUCGACAAGUUGGGGCUCUUUGGCUUUUGCAGCCUCGGCCUAUCAAGUGUGCACUUUGCUUCACGGUCUCUCUCAUGAGGGAAAGAAUAUAAAGUGCGAAGAAAAAUGAGGCCCCUUGUAUUAGUACCUACUUGAUAUUCUCAAGAAGGAUUUCAAAAUGUUUGGGUUGAUUUAUUCGGGGUCUGUUUCAGCCAGGGUAGAUCUUCUGCAGAAUUGAUAUUUGAGCAGAGGCGAUCAAAACUCUAGCCUGUGCUUUUCUUGGCUAAAUGCUGACUAUAUCAUUCCAAAGUAGAGAAGCUUUUACAAAAUGGAGGCACAUAGGCAUAAUUAUUUGGCAUUUCAGAUUGGACUUAGAUUGAGUAAAAUGAGAGGCCGCUGUUGGGGCAGAAGGUUUAGUGAUUUGAUAGCAUCGGCUAGAUGGGGAGUUGAAUUUGAAGCAUCCUGUUGUAUUCCGUUGAGGACCACCCAACUCCUGAUGCUGCCUACGAGUAGUCGCUAAUCCCUUCUUGUGACCCAACAUUGCAGUGUAUCAUGUAUAUGCAGUGUAAUAGAAUCCGAAAAGCUGUGCGUGUUUGUGAGGCCUACUCCAAGAAGCUCAUGCCAAUUAAUUAA